GGUACGGUAAGCAUCGGCUCGGGACUGGCAGCGCGUCCUCCCUUCAUACACCACCUUGCGCACUCGUCACCAGGCUCACUGCUAGGCGCACUGCAUCCAGUCACUUCCCUAGCGCAUGAGGACUAUAUUCGGGGUGGUGCUGGGCCAGAACGGGUGAACGGUCAACAUGUGGCGCGAGGCUGAGCAGGCCGACCCAUGGGGGCUGCACAUACCUGCAUCGCCCAGUCGAUGCGUCCAAUCGCAAUAGGCUCAGCUUUCUCUUCCAGGCCAAUCAUGAGAAGGUGUGCUCUCCAGUCCAUGUGUCUGCAUAGCUGCUGCGCCUGUAGAGUCCUUCAGCCUGGUGGGUCCUCCACGCUUACACGAGGUCAAAUAUGCCUGGACUCCUCCAAAGUGGAGUCUUAUCUGCAAUCUCAACCAACUUCUUGGAAACGCUUGUUAUUAGGGCUGAUCCGAAAUGUCUAGACCAGAGCAGAAGGAGUAUCCGUUCGGUCAAACCUCGUAUAUCGCCACGUUUGACGAUGGGCAACUUGCCAGACAUGAACUCAAAGAGAGCGAGCCAUCUUGGCGAUCUGAAAGCUACGCGAAGGAUUCCAGCUUGCGCAUCCUAGACCAUCAUCAAGGGGUUGGAACUAUCCGGACAUGCAACAAUCGUGAGCUUGACGAAGUUUUGGCUGGGCCGCCAAGGCAGCUUCGAAUCUUUCUGCUUCUGCCAACUGUGCACGAAAGGAUCGCAGAAGACCUCUUCGAGCAAGCAAAAAAGGCACACAUCCAAAAUGGCAUGACAGAAGCGGAGGCUGCUUUCGAAGUGUCGAAGGCAGCUGCUAUGCUGAAGAAGAACGAACUAUACGACAAGGCCAUUGUGGACCCUGCCGAUCCACAGGACCCUGAGAUGCGGAGAGAGGAUCGUAUGAACAUCUCAAGAGAUGCACUUCUGAAGAUCAUCACUAAAUAUGAUAUCGCGCCUGGGACGUGCUCACACAUACGAGGCCAAGAGCAGAUUUUUGGCUCCCGUACAACCAAGAACAAGAACAACGAGGUUACAGCUGUGGAGUUCUGGUACGCUAUACGUGCCAGAGCCUACUUCCGAGAUAUCGACAAAGAUGCCGACCUCAAGAUGACAGUAGUCACCAAGUACGACGUCGCAACGAAGUCGACGGUUGUGUUGCUGAAGUACAGAUCGUUCAACGAUCUGGCGACGAAGCUGAAAGUUGAUCUUGUUUCAAAGCUGGAGGAACUCAUCCAACAACCAGAAACCCAAGACAUCGCCCACAAUCCUUUUGCUGUGUCUCUGCUACACUUUAACUGUACGGCCCAAUGGUACAGGCGUGCAGCAAGAGAUCCAAGAGAUAGUGUCAGAGACGAAGAGGAAAAGGCACACGUUCUUUCCAAACAACAGAAGAACGAAUUAAAAGCCAUCAAUGUUCGACGCCUGCAUCUGACCAUGCGCAAUCUCGACCAGGACAAACUGCAGCUCAAUCAAACCAUCGGUACUAUCAAAAGUCUCCGCAAGCAACAUGAGUCGUUCCAGAAAUACGUCAUGAAAAAGCUAGCCCUAGAAGAUCGAGAUUGGUUGUAUCUGCGAGUUGACGAGGAGAUGGACCGUUUGGACGAUCAACUCCGAUACCUGAGGGCCUCUAUCGAGGAUGUUUGCGGUCGAGCACAGAGACUGCUGGAUCUGCUUUUCAAUCUCGUGGGACAGCAAAGUGCUCGCUGGAGUGAGAAAGUUGGCACGCAGGCCAUGCACGAGAGUGCCAACAUGAGAGCCAUUGCAAUAGUGUCAAUGCUGUUCCUACCUGGAACCUUCAUUUCGGUAAGAUCGUAUCUUACAUCAUGGGCGUUCUUUAACGUCUCGUAGGGUAUCUUGGGAACGAAUCUUUUUAGUCAAGAAGAGAACAAGUCAUCCGGUCCGGACGACCUCGACGAUUCGCCAUUUCGCGCAGCACGUCAAUGGUGGAUCCUACUGGUCACAAUCUUCCCGCUUACCUUCGUAACUUUCCUAGGUUGGUGGGUCUGGCGAAGGCGAUCGGAAGCCAAGAUCAAGGGUAGCAUCAUGGAGGAAGACGAGAAAGACAUGAAGAUGCAGGAGCUCAAAAAUAUCAGCAAGAUGCAACGAAAGGGUAGCCUGGCGACUAUAGGUAGUAGUCUGGCGAACUUCAACAACUCGUGGUUCCGUCGUUUUGGGAAUGGGGAGACAUAUGAGAUGGGUAGAUUACCAAAAUAAGUCUAGCGUCGCAAGGGCUAGACAAGCCCUGGAGUCAGCCUUGUCGGCAUCUUCGUGGCUCUAACGCACGUC